AUGGCAGCCCAAGCGGAACACCACAUAGCGAAAAUCAUCACCAAACUCAAACUUCGGAGUCCUUCUCCCUCCUCCAAUGAGAUCACCAGCCUUCUCAAUACAGCGCAAAUGCAUCUCAUGGACCUAGGCGCACUGCUUCCGACAGCAUCUACCCCGCCGCACCAUCUCGCUCUGAGCCGGUCUCUCUACGAGCAAGCUGCGCUUGCGUAUCUCAAUGCCAAAGAUACCGAGAAGUUCGAAUCUUGUGUGGACAAGCUCUACGCGUACUACUUUGAGCUUCCCCAAGAUCUGCAGGGAGAUAUCGGCGAUAGGAAUAAGGUCCUAGCGCUGUAUCUCCUACACUUGUCGACAGAUGAGAAGAGGAAUCAGAAGUUUGCAGAGGAGAUCUGGAGGCUGGAUACAUUUGGGGUGGACCGCAAGACGGAUCGGUACCUGGCCUAUGCUGAUCAAUUGCAUUCAUUCAUCCAAGCCGGCUUCUAUGAUCUGGCAUGGAAGGCGAUCACUGGUGGACAGGUUCCAUCCAAGGAGUUCUUAGUUUUCGCUCCGUACUUCAUCGAGCGCAUCCGUGACGGUUCUGCUGCCAACGCCGAAGUGGCUUACGAGGACGGUAUCUCCCUGGCAUCAGCUAAGGCGCUUCUCCGCCUAGACUCAGAGGGUGCUGUCGUGGAGUUUGCUCGUAGCCGCGGUUGGCCGAUCAAGGACGGCUACAUUUACCCGGCGCGGUCCACGUCUGCUGAGGGCGAGGACGGUGAUCGCAGCCAGUCGCGGUUCUAUUGGCGUGAGCUCCUCGCCAACAUGAUUGAGGAUGCCAAGCAACUAGAGACAAUUGUCUGA